AUGAAGGGUGCAUCUUUAUUCAGUAUGGGUAUGCUACCCGUGCUGUCAGUUAAUGCGGUUUAUACUUGGCCCUCAGAGUAUGAUCAACUAGAGGAUAUUCUAUAUCUUCAGCAAGGUUUCAUACACCAUGGCUUCAGAGAUGGUGUUACACCGUGCUCUUUCUCAUCGGCAGGAGGUGGACGCCAGACGGCUGCAGAAUGGGUAAGAACAGCUUAUCAUGAUAUGGCUACUCAUGAUGUCGAUACUGGCCUUGGAGGACUCGAUGGUUCUAUAGCCUUUGAGCUUGGCCGAGCGGAGAACCCUGGUGCUGCUUUCAACGCUACCUUAGGAUUUACAAACAAUUACCACUCAAUCAAAGCUUCGUCAGCCGAUCUUAUCGCAAUGUCCGUUGUCGUUGCCUCAAUGGCUUGCGAUGGUCCAAUUAUUCCAUUCAGAGGUGGACGAGUCGAUGCGAUUGGAGCUGGUGUCUCUGGCGUACCAGAGCCUGAUCAGGAUUUGGCGACACACACUGCAAUCUUCGCAAAGCAGGGAUUCAACACUGCCGAGAUGAUCACCAUGGUAGCAUGCGGCCAUGCUCUCGGGGGUGUUCAUGGAGUUGAUUUUCCCCAGAUUACCGGCAACGGCAGCGCAGAAAACUUUCCAAAAUUCGACAGCACCUACACUACAUUCGACAACACUGUUGUCACCGAAUAUUUGGAGAACAAUUCGACCAACCCGCUUGUGAUCGGUCAAAAUGAUACUUUCAAUUCCGAUAAACGCAUUUUUGGUGCCGACAACAACAAAACGAUGACUUCUUUAGCAGACCCAACCAAUUUCCAAACGCAAUGUGCUGAUAUCUUUGCUCGAAUGAUUGAUACCGUUCCUGCAGACGUUACACUUUCUGAAGUCAUCGCGCCCAUCGAAGUGAAGCCAUCGCAAAUUGCUCUUUCCUUGGCUGGAAAUAACACUCUAUCCUUCGGAGGAUACAUCCGUGUUCGCACCACCAACCGCAACGCCGAUGAUGUGACUGUAUCCCUUCAGUACCGUGAUCGUAAUAACAAUACCUCGAACACUACGAUCCCCGUCAUUCGACAAACUUACUUAUUGGGCCAGAGUUAUGGCUUCGAUUCAGAGAUCUUCACUUGGUAUUCAUUCAGCACUGUUCUUGAUGCUAGCACCGGAAUCUCAUCUUUCGACGUUAUCUUACAUACCGUCGGUGCAGCUGAUGAAAUCAUCACCAAUAAUGGCGGGGGAUUUCCGGUCUCAGACGCAAUUCUCUACCAACCAGCACAAUCCUGUCAACCACAGGUAUCCAUCAAUGAUGCAGACCAAUGGAAUAUCACAGUUACUGCAGCCGUUCGUGCCGAUCGUAUCAGCGAGUCUGUCGCCUUUGACUGGGUGUACGAACGUGCCAUACCAGGCGCGAUUGUGAAAGCGCUGGAAGUGCAACGUACAGCUAUGGAGAAAGUGAGUGAGGAGAUCGAUGGAUAUUAUUUAUUCAGCGGGACGAAAUCGAUCGAUAAUGUGCAAUGGUCUACCACGUUUGAUGUGGUAUUGGGAGAGGGGGAUGAUGUAUCGAAAGUAGAGUUCCAGUCGACGUCGGCAAUGGCCACCAGCUGCAAGGCAUUUUCUUGA